AUGGUAGCAAAACUAUAUAUCUCACUGCUAAUAUCAUCAACGGUUGCUUGCAUUUGCAUGGCAACUUCUGAACCAGCAAGACUGGCCGCGGAUCCACCCGCCGAUCCACCGAAUCAUGAGCCUAUAGUAUUUCACGGUCCAGUGCCACUACCACCCAUAUGGGCAAACCAUGAUAUAAUGCAUUGCUGGUCACCUAUAAUCCAGAUUAGUGGGUGUGUAACACAGGUAUAUGAGGCUCUUCUCAAAGGCCAGUUCACCAGUCUAUUGCCUGAAUGUUGCGAGGCCGUAUAUCAAAUUGUUGACGAUUGUUGGCCUUCAAUGUUUCCCUUUCAUCCUGAAUUUGCACCAUUGAUCAAGGACUACUGUGGUGAAGUUGGGACGAAGGCGCCACCGGGAAGUGUCAUUGGAGUGUAG